GCCCGGCGCCAUGGGCUCCAUCCGCCGCCAUCCGCCGCAUCGGCGCCGGCCAGCGCUCCCUGCGCGGCGCGGAGGAGUCUCGGGCUCGCACCGCGACGUGCUGUUUACCGCGGGGGCCGGGGACGGCGCGUCCCGCCGCGCCCGGCCCUGACUGCCCGCUCCUCGCCCCAGGCCCGUAGGCUGCAGCCAUGGCGCCCAGCCGGAAUGGCAUGAUCCUGAAGCCCCACUUCCACAAGGACUGGCAGCGGCGCGUGGCCACGUGGUUCAACAAGGUGGCCAGGACCAUCGGCAUCUCGGUGGACCCGCGGAGGCGCAACAAGUCCACCGAGUCCCUGCAGGCCAACGUGCAGCGGCUCAAGGAGUACCGCUCCAAGCUGAUCCUCUUCCCCAGGAAGCCCGCCGCCCCCAAGAAGGGGGACAGCUCUGCCGAAGAACUGAAGUUGGCCACGCAGCUGACGGGACCGGUCAUGCGCAUUCGGAACGUGUACAGGAAAGAGAAGGCCCGGCCCAUCACGGACGAGGAGAAGAACUUCAAGGCCUUCGCCAGCCUCCGCAUGGCCCGUGCCAACGCGCGGCUCUUCGGCAUCCGGGCGAAGAGGGCCAAGGAGGCCGCAGAGCAGGACGUCGAAAAGAAAAAAUAAAUUGUACAUUGUCCUUGG